UUGGUACCAGUUCAGAAGACGAUCAAAACGCACAAAUCGGUUGAUUCCAUGUCGGAAGCUCGAUCACGAAACCGAAUGUCGAUGAUGCCGCCCCGAUCAGAAUCAACCGGAACGAUUAAGCCAGCAAUGAGACAGGGGCCAACAAUGGCUGAUGAUAAAGCUUUGGACCCGAAUGCCGUGCGGGCAUCAUUGUGCGUUCCAACAUCAAGACGGAACCGUAAUAGCUUUGUUAUGACUUCCACUGAAUAUAAAGUUCCAGAUAAUAUAAACGCAGAGAUUCAAAAUACCCAGGCGACUGGUCAGUUACCACCGCAAAAAGGCUUAAAUAUCAAUACGCUUGUAGACUCCCAUAUACAAAACACACAAUCAGAUAGGCCAUCACAUUCUUCAACAUCAUCUGUAAUUCAGUCACAGCAAAACAACCAAACGAUUCCCAACUACGAACCCCAUUCAAUGGCUAUCCCGCAAAUGCAGAUUAACCAAAAACCUGUUCCGCAAACAGCCUCUGGAACUUCAAAUAUGGAUUUAAAUGAUCUCUCUAAAAUCACCGUCAAAGUAAUCGGAAGUACCAUACGAACUAACGAGAAAGGCAAAGAAGUACUUAUGUUCUUGGUCGCAAUUGGGCGAGUAAAUACUGGCGGAGAUUUAUGGCGAGUCGCCAAGUUGUAUUCUGAUUUCUUGGCAUUAGACUUAAAG